CCCGGAGCCAUCGGCGCGGCGCCCAGCCUCCUUCAGUCGGGGUGGCGUCCGCAGGCUCCUCGCUCAGUCUAGCUCGGGGGGCGCUCGACGGCGGCGCGAUGGGGCUCCAGCGCUGCUGCGGGCGGCGGCCCCGAUCCCCAGACCGCUUCCUCCUCUUCCUCCAGCUCCUCUAACGGCAGGUGCCGCGGCGGGGGCUUCCCCCCCCGAGCCAUGUACGCCAAGGGCAAGGGCUCCAGCGUGCCCUCCGACGGACAAGCGCGCGAGAAGUUGGCACUGUAUGUGUACGAAUAUCUCCUCCAUGUUGGGGCUCAGAAAUCUGCACAGACCUUCCUCUCAGAGAUCCGGUGGGAAAAGAACAUUACCCUGGGAGAACCACCUGGCUUCCUUCACUCCUGGUGGUGUGUGUUUUGGGACCUAUACUGUGCAGCACCUGAUCGGCGAGAGACCUGCGAACACUCAAGUGAGGCCAAAGCUUUCCACGAUUAUAGCUCCGCAGCUACGACCAGUCCUGUGAUGGCCAACCUGCCUCCCAGUGAUGCCAUCCCCAGCGGGCCUAUGUUGUCGGGCUUUUUUCAGGGACCACCUGGCUCCCAGCCAUCCCUACAUGCUCAAGCACCCAUGCACAAUCCCAAUGCGGCAAUGAUGGGACCCCAUAAUCAGCCAUUCAUGCCUUCACGCUUCCCUGGUGGGCUCCGUCCUUCCGUUCGAAUGCCAAGCCAGCCAUCUAUGGGUGUGCCUGGCCAACCUCUGAUGCCCAGUGCAAUGGAUCCGGCAAUCCGAUCACAAGUAGGGCAUCCUAACAUGGGCCCGAUGCAGCGCAUGACCCCACCACGGGGUAUGACAGGAAUGGCUCCACAGAAUUAUGGUGGUGGCAUAAGACCUCCUCCAGGGUCCCUGGUUUGCCCUGGUAUGCCCACAAUGAACAUAGCUCCGGGUGUUCGAGGAUCCUGGCCAAAUAUAAACACAAACUCGGUAUCCUAUUCCUCAUCUUCUCCUGGCAGCUAUGGGGGAGGCGGAGGCCCCCCUGGCACUCCUCUCAUGCCAAGCCCUGGAGACUCCACCAACUCUAGUGAAAAUAUGUACAUGAUGAACUCUGUUGGCCCUCCACCAAGCCGGCCUGGGUUCUCCAUGGGGCCAAGUCCAGAAGGUCCAAUGGCUGGAAUGAGUGCCAUGGAGCCCCAUCAUAUGAAUGGAUCCUUAGGUCCAGGUGAAAUAGAUGGGAUGCCCAAGAAUUCCCCGGGUAGCAUGGCCAGCAUAGCUAACCCACCGGGCACCCCACGUGAUGACAGCAGCAGUGAGAUGGGCAGCAGCUUCAUAAACCCCUUCCAAAGCGAGAGCUAUUCGCCCAGCAUGACUAUGAGCGUGUGACCCGGCCCGGAUGCCCAGUCCCAGAGGAGCCAGACUGAUGCCCCCCCCAGGGGUCUUAAUCCCCCUGUAUUUAAUAACAGCUUCCCUUGAUUGCUAGUCUCAGCCCCCCUGCCCCCAGUCUGGACUUUUGAUCCCCGCCCAGGUCACCAUCUGCCCUCUAACUGGUACUCAAUAAACUGUAGUGACUUGAGAAUUGUCACUAAUCAAGUGGGACAGCCGAAGGUUUGAUAUGCUGCACGAGCGGACAGUUAUGAAAGGCAGGGAGAUGCACCCUCUCCUGCUGGACUGCAGCAUCCCUUACCCCAAGGGGUUUAUGAUGAUCCAUUGGACAUUGGGACUAUCAUCUACUGUGCGUCUUUGGACUUUUAAAUUCUGCAUUGUAGCAGGAACAGUUGAACUGUUUGGAAAGCUUCAUUUUGGUCUCUGUUCUUUAAACCUGGUGGUACAGUUGGGGGAAAAAGCAUGUGCAUCAGGAAACAUGGUUAAGACUCUUCCGGAGUUUUGAAGUUCAGCAGGAGGGCUGGAGGAGGAGACAAAGCCCCUUUUGGUGAGCUUGGGAGGUGAAUGGGAAAGACGUGGUGGUGGAUGAAAAUUGGCUGCCACGAGCUGAUUGAAUUAAUUUUGAAGGGGUGUGGACUUGACCGGCAAUGCAAAUGUUUUUGAGGAAUGGGCAGACUCGCUUCUCUCAUGUCUGCAGCCAGCUUUGGUUUCCUACCUAGGUUCAUUGGGCUAGAAAAAAAUAUAUAGCAAAAUUGUUUCCUAAUUGCACAGACUUCCAUGGAAGUAUUCUUGAUUCUGCCCAUAUCGGUUAGCAGAGACUGUGUGAUACCAGAUGCUAUGGGGGUGGGGAGAAAGAUACCCUAAUAUUGAACUCAAGGUGAAUUUGAGCUUGGUUCCUGAUGAACUUCACAGAAAUUUCCAUGUUGUUUUCUUGGCAAUAGCAUGGAGGUAUUUUGCCAUUGCAUUCUUCUGGGAUGUAUUUUCAGCUUCCUACAGCCUUGGGAUUUCCUAGUGUCUCCCAUUCUGGUAUUAACCAGACUAAAAUCUGCACAGCUUCCAAGCCUAGACAAGUUCAGCCAGAUGCUGCCACCAGCUGAUCUACUAGUUGCUAUGCAAAGACACAAAUUACGAUAGCAGUUAGUGUUUUUCCCUGCAUCAUGUUUUUAGCCUUUUUCAUUUUUCUCUCUCAAAUAGGGUGUUUUGAACACCUAUGGCACGCCUUUUCUGUCACCUCUGUCAGCAGUAACUGAAAAAGAAACUUGGCUGUAAGAGAACUUUAUGGCAGAGGUACACAUUAGAGAUUUCCCCUGUUCUGUCUUCCAUCCCUUUCAGCUAAGAAGGUAAAGGGGAAAUGCUGUGAAUGACUUGUAAAAAAAGGCUACACCUCCAUCUCUUCCCAACACUAACAAGAAUAUAAAAAUAUACCUUUGACUGUCUCUUCAAAAGUCAAAAGCCAGUCCUCCUUCUGUCAGCUUUCAGAUAUUUCCUAUUACAAUUCCUGCCAUCCAUAGCCAGCAACUUUGGGUGUUGGGAGCUUAAAGCUAAGACCUGUGAAGAAGGGCAUCAACUCAAGAAACCCUGUUGUUAUUUAUGUGUCAGUGAAUACAGUACUUUGGAAGAGAUCUAAUCGUUUGGCCAAUUCUCACACCUGUUAUCAAAGGAACACCUUUGUGUGUCCUCUGAGAUGGAUGGAGAUGGUUUGGCCCUUGAGAGGUACUGAACACGGUUAUCCUUUGAGGUUUAUAUUGUGAAAGUGCAAACAAUGUGAAAGUGAUUGGCCUUUGCCAUCUGGGAGGGUUGACUUCCCAGUCUAGUCUUUAGUUCUGGAAUGUCCUGAAGGUCUCACAGCCACGUGAGACUUACCUAACCUACUUACCUUUUUUUCAAAGAACCAACUGUACAAAUCACAACCCAAGCAUGGGUGAUUUUCUUGUUUGGGGUAGGCAACCACCAUAGCUGGACAGUUUCUGAGCUCAAGCCAAGGGGAGCCCACCUUCUCCUUCAUUAUCAGAGGACUCUUCUAGCAGAAAGUUUACUCAAAUAUGUAACCAGUUUGUCUUCUUGGGUCUUCAAUUCAUUCAAGCUACAGAGGUCUUGACUUUCAGUGGUACUUCAAGAGUGCCAUCAUAUUUUCCCUUUCCCCCUUUGUUCUUUUUCACUCAAGGCUUAACACACCCAACUCCCUCAGUCUCUUCUCAUAGGACUAAAAUUCCUACCAGGCCUAUGAGCAGGCAAGAUCAAAAAACAGGAAGACUAAAGCUAUACUUUAUUGAACAGGCUACAGUCACAGAAUCUUGCAAGUCUGCCCAUGUUUUCCCUUCCAUCCUUCUUAUACCAGGAGGAGCCAGUCUGAAUCUUUUUCUAAUGCUUUCUCACCUACCUGGGCUUAAUGCAUGCUUCAGCAUUUGUGGUUGUUCUGUGGGCUACUCAGUGUCUUCACCAAGAUCAUCUCCGUUAGGUCCCUACAGUUCCUGACCCAAUGGUCCUUUCCUCUACUUUCUUUGAACUCAUUCCAGUUGGUUUCUUAAACUGUGGCAUCCAGUACCAAACUGAACAAUGACAUUAUCUUUAUUAUUGUCAUCCCUAUCAUCUCUGCAAGCUGAGAUGCCUGAGGGCCUAACUUUUCCAGAAAAUACUGGGAUUUUAGAUCUCAGCUUUGAGAUCAGCCAAAAAAGAACUGAGUCAUUCUGUUUUGCUUGGUUAGUUAUGAGUGAUCAUUACAAUUCAUAGGCAUUCAAAGGGAGAAAGUGAAGAACGUAAUUGUACAGUACUCUCUUGACACAAAUUUUGCCCCUUAGUAUUUCAUGUUCCUAUAUAUUUUGGCAUUGUGAUUAGGCAUGGAUGCCUGUAUUAUUAUCCACUAAAAUAAUCAGCAAAAUCUUGGGUUAGAUUUGAAGUCUGAGAAACAUGCUGGAAGAGGUCACAUACAAAAGUGGGAACAAAAGCUAUUUCACCUUAAUUUACCUUUGAUUCAAACGAACCGAAGAAGAUACGUUGGCUUUCCAUGUCCCUGAUAAUUAUCCGCUCCAGGCAUACUAAAAAUUAAAAUUAAGGGACAGCUUUUACAGGGGCGUUGAGCGAAGUUGCAGAUUAUGCAUUCCCUGCUUUAGAUCUGCUAGUUCUAGAUUUUCUGAAAAGAAAAUGCUAGUUCUGGAUUUUUUUCCCCUAUCAGCUCUUUCAAAUGCCAUUCUUCACCAUCUGCUUUUUUAUAGUCCAUCAGCCCUUGUUCCUCUUACAUGGGCUAAUGCUAUACACUAUAAUAAUAAUAAAACAAAACAGGCACUAAGCUCGCUUCAUUUAUGUGAGAACAGGGCUGGCCACAGAGAUGCAAGUAUGAGGGAGCCAGAUUUAGAAUGGGUUUAUCUCUCUGAGGCCAUUACUAUUUCAGGAAGAUCCCUUCUUCCCACAAGCCUACGGUUUCAGCAGCUGAAUUUAGGUAAGCACAAAGAAACAAUCUAUAAAUGUAAGAGCAAUUUCUAGCUGAUCGCAUCCUUUCUUCCCAGCUCUCCUUGGAUGCAGCUUGCAGCCCUAUCUUUACAGCGUAACUGGAAUAUGAUACUGACUCACUCUCCCACCCACCACCAUCAUUUCAGAAACUUAAGAACUCAUGUCAGUGCUGUUUCUGUUGCCACCCUGAGGAGAAACAGGUACAUUCCAUAAUAGCAAUGCAAAAAGGCAGAAUCUAUUCCCCCCCCCCCAACAAUUUAUAUAAAAAUGGGCUCUCAUCCUAUUCUUUCCUCCCUAGGAAUUUUAACAAGAAGGUGGGGAGGGCUCUUCUGAUCAUGUUCUUAUUUCUGCCUGGUCACUCUGUAACUUCCAAAACCAUGUUUACACCUAGCACUUCCAUACCUCUGGGAUGUGUGUGAUCUUUUAAUAGCAAAUGAUUUAUAUGUAAAGAUUUGAGGAUUUGGAUUGUAUAUUCCCAUUUGGUACAAAACUUCCUCCUCAACUUAACCUGGAUCUGUGGCUGGGGAAUAAAUGUCCUCAAUCGGUAUCUUAUCAAAUUCAUGUCUCACAAGUCAAAAUUAUUUGGGGGGAUAUUUCUGCAUCUCAGAAUUUUGUAAUAUAGCUUUUUCCCCCCGAACUGCAAGGAAAAGCAACUACAAAAAUGUAUGUAAGGAAAAAUGAUACGCAAAGAGCUAGGGCAAAAUUUUAUAUCCAAAAUGUCAUAGUUUUAAAGUUACGAGUGAUGUAGAAACAGAAGGAAAUUAAUUUGUGGCUAGAAAAAAUGAGAAAUCAAAUUCAUAUUCAUAACAUCUUAACACUUUUGAAGUGUUGGGGUUUCACAGCUUUUGUGCGAUUGUAAAAAGUAUAUUGGGGAGAAGAGAAAUGUUUGACUCUGCUCCUUUUUUCUGGGUUUGGGGUCAGCUUCUGCACAAAUUCAAAGAAUGGGAAAGAAGGCAAAUUUGCUGCCUCAAUCCAGAUCCAAAGGAAUUACAGCAUCAGCUUGGGCUUUUUUUUCCAUUGUUAUUCUGUGUAAAUAAAAUACCAUUUUUGGAGGAAGUCAUUGAAUUUUUAAGGUUUCCAAUGAGAAAACUUGCAUCAAUAAAUGUAAUUUGGAUUUUUUUAAGAAAAAGAAA